AUGUCUUCGAAUCCUACUAGUCAUUUUGUUAUUAUACCUAACCGUCCAAUUGCUCAAGAGAAUGGUGAAAUAAAUCAAGGUUCAUUAAAACUUCACUAUUGGGAAUGGCAAGGUCAUCAACCUACUAUACUUUUUUGUCAUGCUGCUUCAUUUCAUGGUCGAUAUUUUCGAGGUCAUGGUCGAUCACAAACACAUCCUCCACCUUAUCAUGUUCGAUGGCAUGGAGAAGAUGUUUUACAAUUUAUUGAAACACUCAAUCUUAAUAAAGAUAAUCUUAUUGGUAUUGGUCAUUCUAUGGGUGGAUAUGCAUUAAUAUAUGCUGCAGCAAUAGCAUCAACACGUUUAUUUCGAUCUUUACUUCUAUUUGAUCCUGGUAUUAUUCCUCGUUUAUUAUAUGAUAUGUUAGAAAAAUUAGAAAAACGUGAACCAUUUUCACGAUGGUCAAAAGAUAUUCUUCGAAAUUAUUGUACUUAUGCAUUAGAUGAAAAUUCUAAACUUAUAUGUAAUUCAGAAGGAGAACAUUCUAUGUAUCAAUCAAGUUUACAAACUAAUUCAAAUAUUUAUCCAUUUAUUGAACAAUCAAAAUUUAUUCAAGAUAUUCCAAUACAUAUCGUAAGAUCAUCAUUUCCAUUGAUUGUAGGUCAAUUUGAUACAUCACCAACAGCACCUGAUCUUGUAAAAUGGUUUCAAAAAGGACGAGAUACUCAAAUGAAAAAUGCUACACAUUUAUUUCCAAUGGAACAACCAGAGUUAAUAAUUGAUUUUGUGAAAGAAAUGAUUAAAGAUAAUAUACGUUCGCAACUUUAA